GCCGGCGGCGGCGGCGGCGGCUCCGCUCCGCACUGCCCGGCGCCUCCUCACCAUGGACGCGCGCGGGGGCGGCGGGCGGCCCGGGGAAAGCCCGGGCGCGACCCCCACUCCGGGGCCGCCGCCGCCGCUGCCGCCCGCGCCCCCACAGCAGCAGCCGCCGCCGCCGCCGCCGCCCGCGCCCCCUCCUGGCCCCGGGCCCGCGCCCCUCCAGCAGCCUCCCCGUACUGAGGCGGCGCCCCCGGAGGCGGCGGACGAGGGCGGCCCUCGGGCCCGGCUCCGAAGCCGCGACAGCUCGUGCGGCCGUCCGGGCACUCCGGGCGCGGCGAGCACGGCCAAGGGCAGCCCGAACGGCGAGUGCGGGCGCGGCGAGCCGCAGUGCAGCCCCGCGGGGCCCGAGGGCCCGGCGCGGGGACCCAAGGUGUCGUUCUCAUGCCGCGGGGCAGCCGCGGGCCCAGCGUCGGGCCCGGCCUCGGGGCCGGGCCCGGCAGACGAGGCGUGCAGCGAGGAGGCGGGCCCGGUUGGAGAGCCUCGCGGCAGCCAGGCCAGCUUCAUGCAGCGCCAGUUCGGCGCGCUCCUGCAGCCGGGCGUCAACAAGUUCUCGCUGCGGAUGUUCGGCAGCCAGAAGGCCGUGGAGCGCGAGCAGGAGCGCGUCAAGUCGGCCGGGGCCUGGAUCAUCCACCCGUACAGUGACUUCAGGUUCUACUGGGACUUCACCAUGCUGCUUUUCAUGGUGGGAAACCUCAUCAUCAUCCCGGUGGGCAUCACCUUCUUCAAGGAUGAGACCACGGCCCCAUGGAUUGUGUUUAACGUGGUCUCGGACACGUUCUUCCUCAUGGACCUGGUGCUGAACUUCCGCACGGGCAUUGUGAUCGAGGACAACACGGAGAUCAUCCUGGACCCCGAGAAGAUCAAGAAAAAAUACCUGCGCACAUGGUUCGUGGUGGACUUCGUGUCCUCCAUUCCCGUGGACUAUAUCUUCCUCAUCGUGGAGAAAGGCAUCGACUCCGAAGUCUACAAGACAGCACGAGCUCUGCGCAUCGUGCGCUUCACCAAGAUCCUCAGCCUGCUGCGGCUGCUUCGCCUGUCCCGUCUCAUCCGCUACAUUCACCAGUGGGAGGAGAUUUUCCACAUGACCUACGACCUGGCGAGUGCGGUCAUGCGCAUCUGCAACCUCAUCAGCAUGAUGCUGCUGCUGUGCCACUGGGACGGCUGCCUGCAGUUCCUGGUGCCCAUGCUGCAGGACUUCCCUCGCAACUGCUGGGUGUCGAUCAACGGCAUGGUGAAUCACUCGUGGAGCGAGCUCUACUCCUUUGCACUCUUCAAGGCCAUGAGCCACAUGCUCUGCAUCGGGUACGGUCGGCAGGCGCCUGAGAGCAUGACCGACAUCUGGCUGACGAUGCUGAGUAUGAUCGUGGGAGCCACCUGCUACGCCAUGUUCAUCGGACAUGCCACUGCCCUCAUCCAAUCACUGGACUCCUCGAGGCGCCAGUACCAGGAAAAGUACAAGCAGGUGGAGCAGUACAUGUCCUUCCACAAGUUGCCUGCCGACUUCCGACAGAAAAUCCACGACUACUAUGAGCACCGCUACCAGGGCAAGAUGUUCGAUGAGGACAGUAUCCUGGGCGAGCUCAACGGGCCCCUGCGGGAGGAGAUUGUGAACUUCAACUGCCGGAAGCUGGUGGCCUCAAUGCCAUUGUUUGCCAAUGCUGACCCCAACUUCGUCACAGCCAUGCUGACCAAACUCAAGUUUGAGGUCUUCCAGCCAGGGGACUACAUCAUCCGUGAGGGUACCAUUGGCAAGAAGAUGUACUUCAUACAGCAUGGUGUGGUCAGUGUGCUCACCAAAGGCAACAAGGAGAUGAAGCUAUCUGAUGGCUCCUAUUUUGGGGAGAUCUGCCUGCUAACACGGGGCCGGCGCACAGCGAGUGUGCGAGCUGACACCUACUGCCGCCUCUACUCACUGAGUGUGGACCACUUCAAUGAGGUGCUGGAGGAGUACCCCAUGAUGCGGCGGGCCUUUGAGACCGUCGCCAUUGACCGCUUGGACCGCAUUGGCAAGAAGAAUUCGAUCCUGCUGCACAAGGUGCAACACGACCUCAACUCGGGCGUGUUCAACAACCAGGAGAAUGCCAUCAUCCAGGAGAUUGUCAAGUAUGACCGUGAGAUGGUGCAGCAGGCUGAGCUGGGCCAACGUGUCGGCCUCUUCCCACCACCACCCCAGCCACAGGUCACCUCAGCCAUCGCCACACUGCAGCAGGCCGUGGCCAUGAGCUUCUGCCCGCAGGUGGCACGCCCGCUAGUGGGGCCACUAGCUCUCGGCUCACCGCGCCUAGUGCGCCGCCUGCCCCCGGGGCCUGCACCCAAUGCCACUGCCUCGCCAGGGCACGUGCCCGCUGCCAGUCCCCCAGGCGCACCCGCCAGUCCCCGGGCACCACGGACUUCGCCUUAUGGCGGCGCACCCUGCUCUCCAGCUGCACCCCGUGCUGGGCCUGCACUUCCGGCGCGCCGCUUGAGCCGCGCCUCGCGCCCGCUGUCCGCCUCACAGCCCUCGCUGCCCCAUGGCGGUCCUGGCCCUGGCCCUGCAGCCUCCACACGUCCAGCCAGCAGCUCCACACCGCGCCUGGGGCCCACACCCGCCACCAGGGCAGCAGGACCCAGCCCGGACCGCAGGGACUCGGCCUUGCCCAGCGCCACAGGAGGCCUUGACCCGCCUGACUCGGCGCGUUCGCGCCUCUCUUCCAACUUGUGACCCUCGCUGCACCGCCCCGUGGGCCUGGGUGGGCCAGGGGCGGGGCCUUCAUCCAAACCAAAGCCAUGCCAUUGCGCGCUGCCCCGGCCACCCACCCCAGAAGCCAUAGAGGAGACGUAGGUAGUUGUAGUCAGACAGGCGGGCUCCUGCUGUCCCCCCUCAUCACCUUGCGCCCACCCACAUUGCCCCCGCCCCCCUUGGCGGUGGCCUCACGGGCCUGCGAGGGGGCUCCCUUCACCUCGGUGCCUCAGUUCCCCCAACUGUGAAACAGGAAGGGCGCCACCCUGUGGCCGAGAGAUGGCUGUGGACUUCCGCCUGCCCCCACCCCCACAGGUGGCCCGCCGUCCGAUGAGGAUUCUGUUUAAGUGCAAUACUUGGCCUGCCGGCUUCCUGCUGCCCCCACCGCACUCACGCAAUAACCGGCCCCGCCCCUCUCCAUGCGCGCGCCCCACGGUGACCUCCCUGGAGUGGGCGUAAGCAUCCUCCUCCAGCACUGGGCACCCAGGGGCUGGCAGUCCGGGCCGCACCUGGGCAUGGGGGUGAGGCCGGGGAACCCCCCCGCCUUUGUGACGAAUGUACUGACAAGCCGAGGCAGCAAUGUCCCCACCACACCCCCACACCCGACUAACUUCCACAACCCCAUUCCACGCAAUAAACAACAGCAUUGGC